AUGGCGCUUCCUCCCAAGUGGUACCAGUUCCUGGUCGGUCUUUUCGCCUCGCUCGGGUCCCUCCUCUACGGUUACGAUCUGGGUGUUAUUGCGCAGGUCAUUGCCUCGCAAUCCUUCAACGCCGAAUUCAAGCCUGAGACCAAUGAAACUGGCGCGGUAGUGUCAGUCUUCACAGGCGGUGCCUUCUUCGGUGCUGCACUGGCUGGUUUCGCUGGUGACAGGCUUGGUCGUCGAUGGACCAUCUUCGUGGGUGCUAUCAUCUUCUGCCUCGGAGGAGCUCUCCAGACUGGAGCUCAGUCUCUUGCAUACCUCUACUCUGGACGUGCUAUCGCCGGUCUUGGUGUCGGUACUCUUUGCAUGAUCAUUCCUCUGUACCAGGCCGAGCUGGCUCACCCCAGCAUUCGUGGACGUAUCACUGCUCUCCAACAGUUUAUGUUGGGCGUUGGUUCCUUAUGCGCAGCCUGGAUCUCUUACGGCACCUACAUUGGAUUCUCUCCCACCAACAACGGCCAAUGGCGAACGCCUCUCGGUAUCCAGGUCAUUCCAGCUGUUCUUCUCGCAGCUCUUAUUAUGAUAUUCCCGGAAAGCCCUAGGUGGCUCAUUGAUCACGGUCACGUUGAGAAGGGUCUCCAGACCCUUGCUAGGCUCCACGCUCAUGGUGAUGAGAGUGACCCGUGGGUUCAGGCCGAGUUCCAGCAGAUCCAGGACACCAUCACUUUCGAGCAUGAGCAUGAAGCAAAGUCCUUCAUCGAGCUGUUCAAGGACAAGUCUUGCUUCCGCAGGGUUUUCCUUGCUUGCGCGAUCCAAGGUUCUGUUCAGAUGACCGGUGUGUCCGCUAUUCAGUAUUAUUCCGUUGAGAUUUAUUCUCAAAUGGGUAUUUCUGGUGAUGAUACUCUGAAGUACCAGGCCAUCUCCUCCAUCAUUGCUCUGAUUGCCCAAGCUCUGUGUAUUCUGUUCAUUGAUCAAUUCGGUCGUCGCUGGCCCCUUAUCUUGGGUAAUCUCGGAAACAUGGUUACCUUCAUCAUCUCCACCAUCAUGCUAGCACUAUUCCCUCCCGGCUCGAGCAACAACACUGCUGCCGCUUGGGGUUUCAUCGUCAUUACUUGGGUCUACAACUUCAGUUUUAGUGCCACCUGCGGACCGUUGUCUUGGAUUAUUCCCGCUGAGAUUUUCGACACCAAGACGCGUUCGAAGGGUGUCGCGCUCGCCACAAUGGUUUCUUUCGGUCUCAACACCAUGAUCGGACAGGUUACCGGAAUUGCGAUGAAGAGUAUUGGCUGGAAGUUCUACCUGUUGUUCGUCGUCUGCAACUUGACCAACGCCAUUUUCUUCUAUUGCUUCCUGCCCGAGACCGCCAAGCGUCCUCUUGAAGAGAUGAACUAUCUGUUCACAAACGCCCCGCUAUUCGUUCCUGGCAUGAACAAGAGUGACUGGCAGAGCACCGACAUCGAGCGUCGCGUUGCCGAAGUCGAGGCCAAGCAAGGAUCCGUCUCACACCACGAGGUGACCGUUGCUUACGACCAGAAUUUCUAA